CGGCUUGCUGUAAUGCUGAGCGCGAGCAGCGUUUUGAAUAACAUCUCUGCUGUUCUGACUGGAACCGAUCAAGACUACAGUAUGACGCAUUCGGUGUUUUCUUACUCCAAUCUCGUCCACGCCGUAUCUGGUGCUGUGGGCAGUGUAGUAGCAAUUACAGUCUUCUAUCCUCUAGACACAGUUCGUACUCGGCUACAGAUUGAUGAUCACAGAAAAGCAAAGCACACACACCAGAUAUGUGCAGAUAUCAUCAAAGAGGAGGGAAUAAUGGGACUCUAUCUUGGGUGGUUUCCAGUGGUGACUGCAUUGUGCUGUUCGAACUUUGUGUACUUUUACACAUACAACAGUCUCAAGACCAAAUUUAUCCAGGGCAAAAAGUCAUCUGCUCUUACAGACCUUUCUCUUGCAUUUAUAUCAGCUCAGGAAUCUACCGUGGGUGGCAGUCCUUGGCUUUUACACAGUGGAUCUCAAAUUUUGUCUAUUUCUACAUCUACCACAUCCUACAGUCCAGUCUUCUCAUUCUUGGUUUUUCUCCUGGCCCAGUCACUGAUCUGCACCUUGCAUUUGUGGCAGGUGUAGUGAAUGUUCUGACAACCACACCACUGUGGGUGGCCAACACCCGUCUCAAACUUCAGGGUGCCAAACUUCAUACAAAGGUCUAUGAGGAGGCGGAAAGGAAAUAUGAUGGUAUUCUUGACUGCCUGAUGAAAAUUGUAAAACAGGAAGGAUUCUGGUCUCUCUGGAAUGGCACGGCACCAUCUAUCUUGCUGGCUGCCAAUCCUGCAAUACACUUCAUGGUGUAUGAGUCACUUAAACGAUAUUUCCAGCGCAUCUUCAAUACCUCUGAGCUGAGUGGAUUACUUUACUUUGUGAUUGGUGCCAUCGCAAAGAGUAUAGCUACAUCCUCUACAUAUCCCCUUCAAGUAAUCCAAAGCCGCCUAAGGGCUGGGCUUUCAAAAGCAGAGAAGGCUCAAUCCAUGAUACAAAACAUUUUAUAUCUUGUAAAGCAACAAGGAAUAGGAGCACUAUACAAAGGCAUGGAGGCAAAGCUGCUACAAACAGUCCUAACAGCAGCUCUUAUGUUCCUUGCCUAUGAAAAGAUAGCUGCUUUCACAUUCAGGCUCAUGGGCAUGCAAAUCCCCAUUGCAAAACCUUAGUCUCCAAGCUAUCUUCUUCCACCAAAGUGUUUGUUGUCCAAAUCUUUGUUGACUGAGGUCGUGGGUCACACAGCCUUUAACUCAUUCGCAUUGCAAAGAUGAGAAAGGGCUUAUUACUAUGGAAUGCACAAAAUACCUUUAAAAAAAAAAAACCAACAAUAUAGGACAAAGCAAAAUGUAAGAAAAGAAUAACAAAAAUCAACUGUUCCUACCUUACACUAUCUUUAAAGUGUACAUUUUUAGAUUCAAAGGGAAGGAACGACCAUAAUUUUAAAAAGAGGGUUUUGAUAUGAAAUUUUGAAAAUUUCCUGUGAGACCCACUUUCCUUGUAGUCAAAGGGAUGUAACCAUGGUUGGAAAUAAUUUCUGAUUUUUUCCAAAUUUCAUAUUGCUAAUACUUGUACAAACAAUGAUAGCAUGUUGUGGAGAUAUGUGCAACAGAGCUGCCAUGUUGGCACAGAAAAUUGGCUGUGUGUGUGUGAAAGAGUGAGAAUCAAUUAAACCUGGAUUGAUUUUAUCCUGAAAGUGUAAAAGGAUUACAUGGCUUGUUGCAUUGUCUUGGAUUGUUUUAAAUGGCGGGUGCCUGGUAAUUGGGUGUAUGCAUCAGGAAGUUUUUGACUACUCUGAUGUUAAUCUUGCUAUCACAGUUGUGUUCCUUUAAUAAGUUACAUUCCUGUAUAUUGUAACAAAGGAUGCUUAUUGCUGUUGAGAAGUGCAGUGACACUGAUUUUCAUGUAGAAUAUUUAUUUGGCGUUUAAUGCCAGUAAGCAAAGACUUGAGGAUUUGGUCUGUUGCAAAUAAUGUCUAUUUACUCAUGAAUGCUUGUGCUUGUGUGAAUAUGAAAUUCUGGUUGCUGUUUUAUAUAAAAUUGCCAAUUUCAGGCUGAAGAGUAUCAUUGCAACUGAUGUGAGACAAUGACAAUUCUUUAUUAAAGAGAGGUAAAGGAAGCAAAAAA